GCUAUUAUCUAUGGUUAUGCAGUUUGAUGUUUGAUAGACCACUAAUAAAUAACUUUUAACUUUUACUUCAGUUAAGAAAAGUUGUUAAACAUUAAUUAAUUAUUGACCACUUGGUAGUUUUAUGUAACAGUGUGUAUUUAUCGUAGUAUAUUAUUAAGGCAACAUGACCGACCGUUACGAUAGAAAACACUCAUUUAGUGAAAAAUCAGAUGAUGAUCCCCCUAAUUCUAGAUUAUUUAUCAUUUGUAGCAAGCAAGUUACCGAAGAAGAUUUGCAAAAUGAAUUUGCAAAAUUUGGGAAAAUUGAUGAAAUAUGGAUAGUUCGUGAUCGCCAAACAGGAGAAAGUAAAGGUGUUGCAUAUAUCAAAUACACCAAAACUUCUGAAGCAGCAUUUGCUUUAGAAAAUAUGAAUGGAAAAAUGAUUGCCAAUUGUAGUAGACGCUUAAAAGUGAUGAUUGCUGCUAGCCGUGAUCAAGGUUCCAGAAGAGACGAGAAUGAAGAAGAAAAAUUACAGAGAUUAUUUGUUUUGGUUCCUAAAAAUAUGACUGAUGAUGAAUUAUAUCAAACAUUCAAAGAUUAUGGAGAAAUUGAAUAUGCUAAUAUUAUUCGAGACAGAGAAACAAAAGAAAGCAAGGGAUUUGCUUAUGUAAAAUUUUUUAAAUUUACUAGUGCUGCAAAAGCCUUUGAAGAAUGUGACAGAAAGUUUAAACCUGUGUUUGCAGAACCUCGUAAACCUAAACAAGAAAUGCCAGAUAAAUGCUAUUCUUCUAAGUUAGAUUCAUAUUCAAGUAAUACUCCUAGUAUUUAUUCUAAAACUUCCAUUACUUUACCAGAAGUAAACACCAAUGAAUAUUUUACAAAACUUCAAGUUGUAACUGAUCCGUAUGUUAAUCAAGAUCAGUUGUGGAGGCUCUUUGACAUUGUACCAGGUAUGGAAUUUUGUGAAUUACGACAAGACAACAGGUCACGUCCUAGUCGAUGUUUUGCUACUGUUGUCUACAAUAGUCAUCAAAGUGCCGCUUAUGCAAAAGAGAAACUGCAUGGAUUUGAGUAUCCUCCGGGAAGUCGAUUGAUAGUAAAACCAGAAAUUGAACAAAGAUCAUUUUUUGAUCAACCUAAAGAAAUUCCAAAUCCAUUAGCAAACAAAGGUAUUUUAGAAUUGGCCGAAACAAUUGCAAAGGCAACAACACUGUUACAAGCGGCUAAAGGAAUUCCUGGAAUUUCCGAUCUACUACCUGAAAGUAGUAAACUGUCCAAUACUGUUUGUAACGUUUCGUUACCGGAUCCGCAACCGUUAGCAGAUAUAGAUGCCGAAUGUAUUACCAGGUGCUUCAUAGUUUGUAGUCCAAACCCGCCUCCAAUGUCAAUAAUGAAAGAUAUUUUUAGCCGUUUCGGAAAUUUAAUCGACGUAUACAUGUUAAAUAACCGGAAUUGUGGAUAUGCAAAAUAUGCUACAAAAGAAUCAGCUGAAAGUGCCAUAAAGACUUUACACGGUGCCGAAGUAUGUGGCAUUCGUUUGAAGGUGAUGCAAGCAGAAGAACCAAAGAACGAGAGAAAACGUAUGAAACUUGAAAUUAAUCCAUAUUGAGGGGUAUGUAAAAUAGCAGCGGCAAGUAAAGAGAGAAAGAGGACACUUUGGUUGUGAUAUGUUAAUAUAUUUAUUAAUAUGUAUUAACGUAUGUACGUUCAAACGAAACGGCGCAUUAUAAUAUCCAAUAUUUUGCUACUGCAUUGUGAAGAGGAUUAUUUUUAACGUUUUACAUGAUUGAUUAUACAUUGUCCCCAGCGGUAAAUUCAGUUUAUUAAAUAGAUACCUUUGUAAUGUCUUGCCAAGUAUUUGAAAAUAUAUUAGCAGUGUUAGUGUUAGCAGCAAAUAUUACUAGAUGGCGAUAUACUACCUGUAGUUUUAUAUUAUAUCAAUUUCCUUAUACGGAACAAUUUCGAUUUGGACGGUCGAAACUGCCUGUAACGUCCCAAUGAAAAUCAAUAAGUUCGAAACUGUGAUCCACGUCUGGAAGUAUCUAUCUUACUAUUCAUUCAACUUAAUGUUCUUCAUUAAACAUUGUUUAGUUGUAUAUGUUGGGUUACAAAAACAUUUUCUGUUGUGUAUUAAUUUUAUUUCCAUUUUGGUUAAGAUUUUAUUGCUUUCUUUAUGUUUUGUUUUAGAGCAGUAAUAAUUUUUUCAUCAAUAACUGUUAUUACCAUUUCAGUACCUACUUUUACGAACACACGGACGACUUGGAUUGGACAUUUUUCACGACAGAGACUAUUACCGACUGGAAAUAACUUAUUCAAACAUAACCGCAACUGCUUACCCAAUACGCAACUUUACUGUAACUUACAAUUUACUAUUCAUAUGACUGGGAUGUAUUUGUGACUUAUAUUGGAUUGGAUAUGUGUAGUUCUUUUUGAGUUAUUAAAUAAAGCUAAGGUUUUCUUAUC